GGAUAAAGGGUUAUUAGCGAAGCACUGUUUUGCCAUCUUAGAUCUGCUCUGUUUCUGAGCAACAAGAGACUCUGCCUGCUCAGCUUUUCUCUGGUCAGCUUGUCCCUUUGCUCUUAUCUCCAUUUGGGGAUCAGUUUGAACUUUCUUUCCUCUCUUUCUCUGCCUUCUUUUUCCUAUUCAGCCUCUCAUAUCAGGUCCAGCCCAGCCGCUUCUGAUGGAUGUUUGACUAGUUCCAUUUCUUGAAGACUUUCCUGCCUGAUCGGAUCGGCAAAUGGUCUCUCUGGCUCCUGUUUGGCUGAAGCUUGGAGGCUCCGUUUCCUAGGAUGUGGGGACGCCGCCUCCUGCGCCUCGUCUCCAGCCCCCAGCGCCUGCUGAAAAGGGACUUGGAUGCUGGGAUCCCAUGGCAGUUGGGCUUCAGGACAGUUGUCCCAGGCCUGGCCUACUGGCACCACACAGCCCCAGAGUCAUGGAACUGUGCCUGGCAGUUAAACCAGGAUCACUUGGAGCUGAAAUACGGAGAAACCCUCAUGCGCUUUGAUUACGUCUGGCUCCGGGACCACUGUCGCUCUGCGUCCUGCUACAACACGAAGACCAACCAGCGCAGCUUGGACACAGCCAGCGUGGACCUCUGCAUCCGGCCAAAGACGGUCAGAGUGGACGAGACCACGCUCUUUCUCACCUGGCCCGAUGGCCAUGUGACCCGGUAUGGUCUGGAAUGGCUGGUGAAGAACAGCUACGAGGGGCAGAAGCAGCAGGUCAUGCACCCGCGCAUGCUCUGGAACGCCCGGAUUUACCAGGAGGCCCAGGUGCCCUCCGUCGAGUGCCAGAGCUUCCUGGAGACCAACGAAGGCCUGAGGGAGUUCCUGCAGAACUUCUUGCUCUACGGGAUUGCCUUUGUGGAAAACGUUCCCCCCACUAAAGAGGACACCGAGAUUUUAGCCGAAAGGAUUAGCUUGAUAAGAGAAACCAUCUACGGCCGGAUGUGGCAUUUCACCUCUGACUUUUCCCGGGGAGACACUGCCUACACCAAGCUGGCGCUGGAUCGUCACACUGACACCACCUACUUCCAGGAGCCCUGCGGCAUCCAGGUCCUGCACUGCCUGCGUCAUGAAGGGACCGGGGGCCGCACGCUGCUGGUGGAUGGCUUCUAUGCUGCUGAACAGGUGCUCCAGGAAGCGCCGGACGACUUCGAGCUCCUCACCAAGGUGCCGCUGAAACACGAGUACAUUGAGAACGUGGGGGGCUGCCACAACCACAUGAUCGGGGUUGGACCUGUUCUGAACACCUACCCUUGGAAUAAUGAGCUCUACCUGAUCAGAUACAACAACUAUGACAGAGCGGUCAUUAAUACGGUACCGUAUGACACUGUACGCCGCUGGUACGCAGCACACCGGACUCUCACCACGGAGCUGCGGAGGCCAGAGAAUGAACUCUGGGUCAAACUGAAGCCGGGGAAGGCCCUGUUUGUGGACAACUGGCGGAUCCUACACGGACGGGAGUCCUUCACGGGUUACCGGCAGCUCUGUGGCUGCUACCUGACGAGGGAUGACGUCCUGAACACGGCCCGCUUCCUAGGCCUGCAAGCCUGAUGUGGUCUGAGCCUCUGCAGGUUGGGAGCUUCUGCUUCCAAAACAGGAAAGCCUUUGGUCUACCUCACAGACCGGGCCCCUCUUCGCAAGAGGGAGAGAGGUCCCACAGCAUUACUUGAUUGUCACAACUCGCACAGCCAUUGCCUUUCCUUUGCUCUGUCCUUCCCAAUUGCCUUGCUCCCUUGGCUUUAAAAGCCUGACUGGUUGAGCUGGGUUGAAUUGGGAGCGGUAUACAGGCCUCUUAUAGCACUUCAGAGGGCAGACCUUGUGCCUUUUCCUGUCCUCAGUUAACCGCCAUUCAGUAUACAGGUAUUUCAGAGCACUUCUGGGCAUAAUCCAAGCAAGGUGUUCUUAGAAAGGGGGGAAACAGUGUCCCUAAACAGUCAAGGACAUGAAACUUCAGCAAAAUGAGUAGAUAGAACUAUUUUAUUUUUCUUCAAUGUUUCAAAAAUACUCAAGUGCAAUUGCUUGGAGUUUAAGUUAGACCUCUCUGCAUAUUUCGUCCUCUACUUGUCAUAUUGAAAGUCAAAAGUACCUCUAGGAAGCUUUUAUUAGAAGACCUGCUGAACAGGAGAGGGAAGUGGUGCUAAAAGAAUUCUUCCUUCCCAGUUCUGCAAAAGGUCAUUUUGCAAGUACAAUGCAUCUUUUUUAGUUUUCUUUGUAUGCCUUCUGUUCAACAUCUCUCAAGCAACACCUUGACUUCUCUUUCUAUUUUUGGGAGAAAGCACAGCAGCUGAAAUGUGUCCUUUCCUUGUUCUUCUCUGCUCUCUCUUUCCAAGGCAUUGCACCUAUUUUUUCCCCUUUUGCCUUUGGAAAGGCUGUACCUUUCCAAACUUGAGAGGUUUUCUUGGAAGGCCUCUCUCUCUGGAUAAUAAAACAGACAAUAAGAAAAGGAAACAAGAACCGAGUUCUGCGCAAAGAUUGGGAAAUCUGCUGGCUCACCACAAAAAUCAUGUUUUUUACCCACAGCAAGGUGAGCUCUUGACACUCCAGAUAUUGUUGAUUGUGUCUCCUCAGCUUUUUCUGAGCUGCCUAAAGUUCAUGGGAGUCUUGAGUCCAAUGACAUUAUCCACUUUUUGCUUGACUUUCCCAUUUUCAGUGACAACCAUGUUACCAGGCCAUUUCCAGGAAAAAAGGAAAGCAAUUUGGUUGAAACGGAAGUGAAUGUCUUGGACUCUUGAAUGACAGAAUUGACUAAUGGCUAUUCUGAUGGCAACCUUGCUACACUCCUAGGAAGGAGCAUUGAAGAUUAUUGGAUUAUGUAGUUCCGUGAAUUUAUGUCGUUCCCUUAAAUACCUUUGACUGACUCUGAUCAGAAUAAUAAGGUCCCCAGUUCUGUCUCACCUUUUGAGCAAUUGCUGUUGCUUCUAAGGAAAUGACAAACCCCCCUUUUAAAAGAUCUUUCCUUGCAAGAUAGAGUCCCAUGAGCAGCAACUGGGGUCCCUUUCAGUCCUAGAUUUGGACUUACAUGCCUUGUAUCCUCCCAGUUUGGGUUAGAAUUAAUAAAACCUUUUUGGUAGGUCUUGGGAUGGGGACUCUGCCUACGUCCUUGGUUCACAAUCUUUAAAAUGAUUGUAUAAGUGUAUGUCUUUGCACUUACUACCAUACAAUAUGCCACAAAAUUGUUUUGAAAUCUAUUUUAAUCACAGCCAGAGAGCAGGAUGGCGAACUAAAAAUGAUAGCAAAAGGCCUCCUUGGCUUGGGCCUUGUUUUCACAACAGUUUGUCAUUGCUGAGUUUGUCGUGAGCGUAGUUCAGUCCCUUUCUGUUUGAUAUUUUUGCCAGAUUUCCUGAAUCCCAUUCAGUUGAAUCAUUUUGCUCCUGACCUUCUCUUUGUAGUUUGUAGGUUUGUUUCCAAAGAGCAUGAGUAAUUUUUGACAUCAUUGUUCUAACUAUAUUUUUAAACAUGUGUUCUCCAACAGAAAGCCACAGAAAAGCAGAUAGGACUAUUGUAGGACUGCCACCUGGAAUCGUCCAGCUUUGUAAAGUGCAGCCCUAUACACUUGCCUUUCUGUUAUAGCAGAAGAAUACAAGUGUGAGGUGUAUUUGCUUGUUUAAAGGUCCUUAUACAAGUGCAGAUCUGGUAAUGUUUUGUGCUAUUGUCUGUCUGCUGCCCUUUCUGCAUGUUGCCACCAAGGAGAUGUAAUACAGGUUGAGCAUCUCUUAUCCAGAAAUCCUCAAAAAUUGAGAUCAUGACUCCAUUGCUUUCUGGUUGUUGAAUGUACACAAGCUUUAUUUUGUGCACAAAUUAAUGUAUAAGAUUAUAUUCAAAUUAUGUGUAUAAAAUAAAUAGAAAAAAAUAAAUAGAUUAGCUGUUUAGACUUGGAACUAUCUCCAAGGUAUCUAAUGGGAUACGUAUAUGUAAAUUCAGAUUUUCCAAAAUCGGGGAGGGGGGUGAAAUUUAAAGCACUUCUAGUUCCAAGCAUUUCGGAUAAGAGAUACUCAACUUAUGCAGGAAGCAUCACCAACUUUGCUUCUGACUCCUCCAAAAACAAUGCAUUUGGGUGGUUACUUGUUCCAGCCAUAAUGUGUUCUGUAACUGACUAUUUUAUUUCUCUCUCUGUCAAGAAUAAAAAAAGAUAAGUGGCAUUUCUUUUCAGAGAAA